AUGUACACUACACACGGUAACCUCAAUGAACGGUCAACCCGCAGUGAGUUGGCUAGCUCUUGUACACCGCACAAAACCCGUGUCCUGAAUUCCCGGCUUUCCCCCUCCGUGGGGCACUGCAUCAUUGGCAAGCCCGAAGAUCCGCUAGGAUUUGGGACGCGGAGGACCGACGCGGUUACUUGGGAAACGCGUCUGGCGACGCCCCUCCACCGGGUGGAGAUGCGCGAUGCAGCCCAAGACGGCACAGCAAUGGAAGAUCAGUUAUUUAUUCAGCGAGGGGGAAAGAGAGCCAUCUGCAGCUGUCCCUUAAACAUGGGAAUUGAUCGGAGUUUCCGGAUGAUCAUCGAAGCAUCAGCGAACGUUCUCCCAAGCCGCUACUCACAUCAGCUGAGCAGAGUGCAGAGUGGCGGAGAGCGGGUUGACUGCGCAGGGUAA